GGCAUGGAGGGGUAGCAAUAAUAGUAUUUAUUCUCUUUCCUCUUCUCUUCUUCUUUUCAUCAGAAUAGUUCGUCUUCAUAGCUGAUAUAUACUGUCAUCAUGCCCCGAUACACCCGCGAGGAAAUCAACCAGUGGAAGGCGGUCUUCGCUGAGAUGAACACAGAUGGUGACCGCUUCCUGACCCCCGCCGAGGUCAUCGCCCACGCCAAGAAGGAAGGCAUCGAGAUGACCGACGAGCAGGCCAAGGAGUACAUUGAUAUCAUGGAUGUCAACAAGAACGGCACCGUAGAGUUCAGCGAGUUUAUCAAGGCUUUGGGAGAGAGGACCUAGUGGCUAGCUGAGUAUAUAGCUAGCUCUUCUAUUGCACCAUAUUCAUCUGGAAAUAAUCAGCUAUUUGAUCGCAAUGGAUUUCCUUUAAUGCCC